AUGGCUUCUACCCUUGAGGCCGAGGCGCCUCAUAAUAGCUUCGACACCAUACUUGUACUCGACUUUGGCUCACAAACUAGCCAUCUUAUUCUGCGACGAAUUCGGGCUCUCGGCGUCUUCGCUGAGCUACUUCCGUGUACCACCAAGGUCGCUGAGCUGCCAUGGAAGCCUAAAGGAAUUAUCUUCUCUGGAGGUCCUUCCUCUGUGUAUGACGAGGGCUCACCCCAUGUUGAUCCUGCUGUUUUUGAACUCGAUGUACCCAUUCUCUAUGGUUGCCAGGAGAUCGCUUGGCGAAUCGACUCAAGUAAUGUUGUUCGCGGAGAGGCACGAGAGUAUGGCCACGCGGACGUCACCAUCACCAAAGACUUUGUGGUCAUUGCUGCUACCAAGAACUCAGAGUUCGCCGGCAUCGCCCACGAGGAGAAGCCUAUCUUUGGUGUCCAGUUUCAUCCUGAGCUCGAACACACCCCCCGCGGAACCGAUCUCCUGUUCAACUUCAGCGUCAACAUCUGCGGAGCUCAACCAAAUUGGAAAAUGGGCAACUUUGUUGAGAUCGAGAUCGCUCGCAUCCGGGAUCUUGUCGGUCCCAAAGCUCUCGUCAUUGGUGGCGUAAGUGGCGGUGUCGACAGCACUGUUGGAGCGACUUUGAUGCGUGAAGCCAUUGGGGACCGCUUCAUCGCGAUAGGUAUCAACAACGGCUGUAUGCGUCUCAACGAGUUCGAGGAGGUCAAGAAGAAUCUCAGGGACCACCUCGGUAUCAAUCUCACCGUUGUCGAUGCCGGCGAGCUGUUCUUGAGUCGUCUUGCGGGUGUUACCGAUCCCGAAAAGAAGCGAAAGAUAAUUGGGUCGACAUUCAUCGAUGUGUUCGAGAAAGAGGCUAUAAGGAUCGAAAAAGAAGCAGAAAACACACCAAAUUCCGGGAAGGUCGAGUGGUUCUUGCAAGGGACACUAUACCCUGAUGUUAUCGAGUCGCUCUCGUGGAGAGGACCCUCAGCGACAAUCAAGACUCACCAUAAUACUGGCGGUUUGCCAGAGGUAAGAAAAAUCAACCUUAUCGAGCCGCUCAGACUUUUAUUUAAAGAUGAAGUGAGGGCAAUUGGUCGGCAACUCGGCAUACACGAGUCGCUGGUAAACAGGCACCCAUUCCCCGGACCGGGAAUUGCCAUCAGGAUUCUUGGCGACGUCACCAAGGAGCGAGUUGAGAUCGCCCGCAAGGCUGACAAUAUCUUCAUCAACAUGAUCAAGGAGGCUGGCCUUUACGACCAGAUGUCCCAAGCCUUUGCUGGUCUUGAUACUAGCCGUAGUGUUGGUGUUUUUGGUGAUAUGCGCGUUUGGGGUUACAUUGUAAUCCUCCGCGCUGUUCGUACCAAAGACUUCAUGAGCGCUGAGGUGUUCAACUUUGACAACUCCUUCCUCCAGGAGGUCUCGCGUGCCAUUUGCAAUCAGGUAGAUGGUGUGUCCCGUGUUGUCUAUGAUUUAACUUCAAAGCCUCCUGGCACCAUUGAGCUGGAAUAG